CUCCAAGGCUGUGCUUGAUAACCCCGGAAAUGUUCAGGCUCUCGGUCUCAACCUGACUUUCCAUUCCAGUUUAGGCAGAGCCUUCAAUAGCAAUCAUUUCUUCUCUCAUCCAUUACUCUGCGAUAGUUGGCAUCAUGGAUCCAUUUGCGGCAAUUGGGCUUGCAGGCAACAUCAUCACUUUCGUAGAUUUUGGGAUCGGAUUGAUUUCCACGGCCAAGAACAUAUACAAGUCGAAGUCAGGCACCAGCGUAGAUAAUGAAUACUUGUCUUCUAUGACGCAGCGUCUCCGACAACUCACUGACGAGUUGAAAGGGGCCGGGUCCGUAGGCUCUUCUUCGCAGCAGAACAGCCGUCUUCGCGGCGUUGCUAUAGAAUGCGAAGGCGUGUCGGUGGAACUCGCAACGUUGCUCGACAAACUGAAGACUAAUAACCCGAGGUCCAAGAGACAUGCGCUCAAAGCUGCUGCGCGCAACUGGUGGAAGAGCGACCAGAAAUCCGAAUUGGAAAAGAGGUUAGAUCGAUGUAAACAGCAGCUAGGCUUAGAGCUCCUAAGCUCCAUGAAUGCUGAUUUACAAAGAAAACUUAUCCAAGUAAACAAAUGCGGCCAAGCUAGUAAUAAUGAGUUGCAGUCUCUUGCAAGAAACGUCGAAUCUCUGCGGCAAGGUGGCAAUGUCUCUUUCCUUACUACCGCCGCGUUGAAUCAAAUUCGGUCCUUGGUCCAGCUGAGUGACGAGGCCAUCUCCAAAGUGCGCCAGUCUCGAGUUCUGGACGCACUACGAUUCCAAUCAAUGAACGAAAGAUUUGAAGAUAUCGAAAAAGCCCAUGCGAAGACAUUUGACUGGAUCUUUGAAGAUAGUGUCGAUGAUAGACCAGGAACCGAUGAUUCUAUCGAUUGGGAAUUUACAGGCGACGACAUCCGCAACUCUGUAGAUUACGAUACUAAUUCGAUUCUGAAGUCCCAGUCAUCUCUAGAAGUGGAACCAAGUACGGGAGAGGAAUCAAGUGAUGAUUCAAGUUUUGUUUGGGACAUACACAACGCGGUGUCCAUAGCAGAAAGUGAAAUAUCCAUGGAAAUUACACACAGAUACCUGCCAAAUUUACCGCAUUCGUCACUUGCGAUAUCUAGGGCGGAAGAAAUACCUGGAUCAACAUGGCAGGUCAUGGCUAAAGCUCGGGAUACUUUUACCACUUGGCUCAAGGACGGCACAGGAGUAUUUCAUAUCUUAGACAAGCCAGGUUCUGGGAAAUCAACCCUCAUGAAAUACCUUGUUCAACAUCGCAAAACACAGGAUCAUCUGGGAAACUGGGCAAACGGAAAGAGGCUUGUCCUUGGUAAAUUCUUUUUUUGGAAACCAGGAUAUAAUCUGCAGAAAAAUAUCAACGGUCUGAUUCAGGGGUUGUUGCAUUGCCUCCUAUCAGAAUGCCCUGAACUUAUCCAGUUUGUGUUCCCAGAGCAGUGGGAAACAUCAAUGCAAAGAGAAAGCCUCCACAUUGAACACCUUGAAUCUCGAUCGGCCUUUGAAAGGCUUAUAGAAAGCCAGACUUAUGACCAGUAUAAAUUCGUUCUUUUCUUAGAUGGGCUUGACGAGUUUGAGGGGCAUCAUGCAGAUUUAGCCCGGCAAUUACUCAAAUGGACUCAUCGAAUCCAAAAUGUAAAGCUCUGCAUUUCAAGCCGAGAAUGGCCGCUGUUUCAAGAUAUUUUCAAGGACUACCCUAGGAUUCGACUUCACGAGCUCACAUGGUUUGAUAUUCAACGAUUCGUUGGGGGUCGGCUCCGCGAGAUGGAUUUUGGUGUUCUGACGAGCAAUGAUGGCGAUGACGAUUCGCGGAGUGCGUAUGAGACCACCAACUUGAUAAACAAUAUUGUAGAAGGAUCAGACGGCGUCUUUCUAUGGGUGUCGCUUGUGCUUCGACAUAUAGAAAAUGGAAUUGCCAAUGGCGACCGGAUACAAGACCUGAUAAGGAUUGUUGAAGCUCUUCCAACUGACCUUGAGCCUAUGCUCCAGCAACUCUUAGAUUCUAUCCCAAAAAACAACCGAAGACUGGCUUAUAGCAUGCUCUCGCUGGCUCAAUUUACCAUUAGGCACAAAAAACACGUUUGCCUAAUACAAUAUUCGUUACUAGAAGAGUAUUUGGAGGACCAGAACUUUGCGAUAGACUGGCCGGUCAGGCCGGCCACGACAUCGGAACGCAAAGAGAGACUAAAAAGAGCCGAAAGACGGAUAUAUGGCUUGUGUAAAGGGCUUCUUGAGCUACGCGAACCUUACGCUCACACUACGUAUCCGAACAUGUUAGGGGGCUCCGUUCGCUUUAUACAUAGGUCAAUCACGGAAUUCCUAGAAAGCCAAUAUUUUAAGCGGAUAGUCGACAUCGAAUUACCGAGAUUCGACCCUUUCGAUGCACUUUGCCAGACAUACCUGGGCCAGCUGAAGCUUAUCCGUCUCCCUACCUCCUAUUAUUCUCCUAAAGUCUCUUUUACUGAAAGGUAUCCUCUCUGGAACUGGUUCAUGGACGAAUUCUCUCGUUACCCUUACCACCCUACUUUCAGAAACGAUAUUCUGUGGCUUAUCCGCCAGCAGAUCGACCUUGGCCGACACUGGGCUUUUUCAGAGUUUAGUCAAUUGCUAAGUAGGAUCCACCGCACGGUGAUAAGCUUAGAGACGCGUGAGUGCGCAAUCCGAUUCAACCUUCUCGCGCCGAGAAUCAUUAGUUGCGCUCCGGGAGAUCUCGUAUUCAUCUUUUGCACAAUACUUGAAGCCUUCGAGAGUUUCCCCUUGGAAGAAAAUCCCGACUCUAAGUUGAAAGCCUUAUGUGUUUCCUCGUGCUUGUUUAGUUUUGGACAGAACAACCUUUCGAAAAAAAGCUUAACGCCCGAUACCUUUAGAAUACUUCAGACUCUCUUCCACCGAGACGCUUCUCCCGACUCUAAGUUAGGAACUACGUCGGGGCCUGAGUUUCAUGAGCUACUUGCGGUCUGUUGUAUCACGGGCUGUGGAAGGAGGGUAAGUUUGGCUAUCAUCGCAUUGAUGCUCUAUUAUGGUGCGAACCCAAGAUUUGCUCUCGUGACGAGCAAGACUAUAUAUAAGAAAAGCAUUGAUCAACGUCUGUCUUAUGUGAAGGUAUACUUCAAGUCGGAAAGCCCGGCACUACCGCCUGGAAACGAAGUUGAAACAACACGAUUAGCGACAGCAGAGCAAUACAUACUUGUGGCAUCCCCACUAACUGUGGAAAUAAUCGAGAAUCACGGCCAUACCAUCAACUUAAGAGCAUUGGUCUCGAUUUGGUUCCCAGAUCAAGCCCAUGUCUUGCAACAGGUUAUAGACUAUAUCCUGGAAUUAGGUGCUCUCACCCAAGAGCAUCACCGCCGAGAGCUGCAGACCCGAUUUGGACCGCUUCUUCGGCCUCUAUUCGACGAAGAUCACCCUGAAUAUGUCGCAUCGGUUUGUGGCAAGCUAAAUUGGCCAGUUUUAGAUAAGCCCGCACAUGAUCUUCACUGGAGGGCAGAUUGGGAAUUGGUACCGGUGGGUAGAUUGUGAUGAUUUUCCCCGAUAGGCUUCUCUAUGAUUAUAGCGCCAUUGAUGAUGGGCGGCAAAUAGAAGAUAUCUACUUAGGUAGGUACCCGCCUGCUAUCCCUAUCGCGUUUUGUGUUUCUCUUGCUGAGGAUUCAAUUGCGAGACCUGGAGGUCUGGGGCGAUUCGCGCAUCAUGAAUCACUUGAAUCACUGUAAAUAAUUGCAAACAAGCGGAUCUGGUACCGAUACUAGAUCAUACACACGUUGAAAAUGGAUGUCACCUCGUUGGGUCGAUAUGUAGUACCCUACCAAUUUACUAUCCGUCAUGUUUGCUAAA